AGAUGAGGUCCGGUUGUACGAUCGCGAUCGCGCUGCUGAGUGCUGUGUCCGAUCGAUCCGAUCGCUUCGUUCUACGAGGACCGAGUUCGCCGAGAUAGUCUACAGCCCGCACACGUAAAGUAGCCGUCCCGAUCGGACUGAUCAAAUAGUCAAAUCCGGAAGGCUUUACUGUGCGCAACUGUUCCCAUUUUUCCCCCCGAUCGGGUCUGGAAGUUUACACUGCUGUGCUGUGUGGAGGGCAAUUGUACGGUCGUUCAUUCCUGCUUCCAUUUACCUGCUUGUGUAUAGUCCGACCAGUGUAUGAACGUGAAAUGAAACAUCGCUAAAACCAAUCUCCAAUGUAGUUCGGGUUGGUGUUAAUACAGUGAAAAAUCAAGUUCAACUGUAAUAGAACCUUCAAGUGGACUUAAAGGAGCUCAUCGAAACGAAGAGGCCUUUGAAGAAAAACGUUGUAGUGUAGAGCACUGUGGUUGGUGUGGGUUGGUGAACUAGUGUGUUUGCCGCAGAAUAAGAAAAACGCACAGAGUGUCAGUACCAAGCGCGGUACUCUCCACGCACAAAGAGGUAGCAGACGAUCGCUCCCAUCCGCUCGAGAAUGCUUGUGCUCAAAUACGACAACUUUGUGCCGAUACCAAUUAUAGACAGCUCAUGACACAGAGUGUCUCUCUUAGUGCCGUUCUAAGUUUCCUAGUUAAUAAUCCAUUCUAAACGAUCGCCGACCAACAUCUUCAGGCUGAUCGUACCUGAACUGAGCUUUCGUUUGCACAGUUCAUUCGACUGGGCGAAAAUUGAACAAGAAUAGAUCAUCCAUUCUCAGUUUUCUCGGCUUGUGCUUCAUUCCAUCAUUAUAUAGGCUUUAUAUCAAGCAUACACGGGUUCUUAUACUACUAUCCGCGAUCCUUUGUGCUAAGUCUAUCCUGCCACAUUCUAUCUACUAAACUGCCUACUGCCAACAACUAAUCUUCAACCUUGGUUCGAUGGCUUUGGACUUUGCUGCCGGCUGUUUGGGAGGUUGUGCCGGUGUUCUCGUUGGCUUCCCGUUCGACACGGUGAAGGUGCACCUGCAGACGCAAAACCAUCGCAAUCCGCUGUACCGCGGCACGUACGACUGCUUCCGGAAGAUCGUUGUACGCGAGGGUGUCCAUGGACUGUACCGCGGAAUGUCCAGCCCGAUGGCGGGCGUCGCCGUCGUUAACGCGAUCGUGUUCGGCGUGUACGGCAAUAUACAGCGGCGCACCGCCAAUCCGGACUCGCUGUACUCCCACUUCUUGGCCGGUUCGGCGGCUGGGCUGGCCCAGAGCAUUGUCUGCUCGCCGAUGGAGCUGAUCAAGACGCGCCUUCAGCUGCAGGACAAUCUACCACGCGCUGCGGAACGGUUCAGUGGACCGAUGGAUUGUACCCGCGCCAUCUGGCGCCGGGAAGGUUUCCGGGGCAUCUUCCGCGGGCUGGGCAUCACGGCUGCCCGUGACAUGCCGGGAUUCUCAAGCUACUUUGUCGCCUACGAGUACAUGGUCCGGUGCGUUGCGAAUCCAUCGCCUUUCGUUAUCCUGAUGGCCGGUGGGCUUGCCGGUACUUUCUCCUGGCUCGUCACCUUCCCGCUCGAUGUCGUCAAAUCGCGCCUGCAAGCGGAUGGUAUCUCGGGAAAGCCACAAUACAAUGGGCUCAUCGAUUGCGUGCGGAAAAGCCACGCCGCCGAGGGAUGGGCGUUUUUAUCGCGCGGACUCGCCUCAACGCUGCUGCGUGCCUUCCCAAUGAACGCCGUCUGCUUUCUGGUAGUAUCGUACACGAUGAAGCUGUUCGAUGAUCCUAAAGUUAGUAGCGUCGUUGAGGAGCUUGGUGCAACGGCGGCUACUGUCGAGACGCCGUUGCUGAUCGUUCCUACCGUUGUCCCGCAAGUGCCGAUCGCGACCGCUCCCAAGCUGUCGGUUCCUGCUCCCGCGUACAACAAGCGUGCCAGCCACCACGACCACGACAGUCACCUGCUAAACAUCAAGCAAAACACUUACCGCUUCUUGCGAUCGCUCGGUGCAUUCAGCGAGGCCGUUUGCUGUGCCGAGAUGGGCGAGCUGACGGACGAUCUGUACGAUCGUGACGAGGCGGAACAGCGGAGGGCAAGCUACGCAAAGCUGAACGAGCUGCUGCUGAGCACCGAUCCGGAGGAUACCAGCAAUCGGUACCCAUUUUUAGGCGACUAAAGCUCAUGAGACCACGCCAUGCAGAGAGCUUUCGAGUGCCACCAAAGACUUGUGUACAAAGAUAACGAUAGACUAAUAGAGUGCCGGAUGGAAAAGAGCCCGUGUAUAAAAAUAUAUAUUUUUAUUUAAACUCGA